CCUGAGUGAAGCGUGUUGUCAUGUUUGAAGUGCAGGGAACGGGACAGGCGAGAACAUGGGCGACUCUCACGGACGCUGGUCCAAUCUCCUGGUCUGGACCCUGAUACACCUGGCCAGGUGUGCCCCCCAGCAGCAAUGUGUUGACCCGAACUAUAUAGACAUCAAUGCACAUGAGACGGGGAGGUAUUGUGAGGAAACGUUCAGCAGCAUGAACUGUAGUCUGGGGCAAAGAAAACCACAGGAUACAACCUUCCCCUGCCAGAUCAAGAGAGGGAAACUGAACGAGAGCGCUAUGGGCCCACUUACUCCAUGUCCAUACCUGGGUUGUGAGCCCGCACUGCUGCAAUCCCUGAAACUGACCAAGCAGACGAGGACGCUGGAGUCGGGCGAGCAGUACCGAUGGUCGGCCAUUGAGUUAACCUUCUCCCUACCGCCUCCCAUCGGAUCCCCAAAUGAUGGCUACGGUGCUGGAGCAAUAGAAGUAACGUUUAGCAGCGACAACAAAACCCUCUAUGACGACAUGGAGUUCGGGCAGAUAUACCGCGUGUUUGAUUUUAAUUCAUAUAGCCUCACAAGCGUCGACCAGGACACGACCAAUCCAAACAAUACAAGAAUCCUGCGUUUUCCCUGUUUUAUGGGUUUUUACUUCGUAAGGUGUCAAUCCGACAGUUACAAGGUCUACAGCCUUCGUCUAAAGACGUUCUCCAAAUGGCGGACUGAGACGAACUCAACUCCUUUCACGGAGAUUACUUACAACAUCACUGUGUACGGCUAUUACGUGUAUCACAACUCGAAAAACAAAUCCACUAUAGCGCUAACUCUGUUUCCUGGAAAUAGGGACGUGACGGUAGUUUUUGACCCGGCGACGGAUUCUAAAGUAUUUAGGAGCACCGUGUCCCUGAUAAAUGCUGAAUCUGAUGAACUUUACAAUCAUAAAGUAGUAUUUGGAGAGCCAAAGCCAGUCCUUUUCAAGAACACUCCCGACGGACUAUAUUACGUUUCAAUUGUGACAUGUGAGGGGAGUACAUGUAGUAGUUCCACAAAAUCGCACAACAUCACGGUUGGGAGUCCAAGACCAGAGCACCGUCCAGGCCUUGCAGAAUCGACGUCUGAUGAGGGUUUACCCUUCAUAAAAUGGUUCCUGCCGGUGAUGGGCGGGGCAGUCACUGCAAUAACACUGCUAGCUUUAUUAUGCCACCACCGCUGGAAGACACACACACGUCUUAGCAAAAAUGCAGAACUGUCUUCAUUUCCAAAGGUUCUUUUGAUAUAUUCGAACAACAAUCAAAUUAACUCGGAUCUAGCGAAAGAACUUGUCGCGUUUUGCAAUAGAAAUAUGCAGAUGAAGGUCAUCUACGAUCAACUAGAUGAUGAGAGGUAUUCAAUAAAUGACGAGGGUUAUUCACACUGGUACAGAGAAAAACUGGAAGAAUCAUCAGCAGCCAUUAUUUUGUGGACUCCCGGAUCUGAUGAAGAUAAUCAAGAUGGUGAAAGGACUUGCAACGAAUUUAACACUGGCGUUACAAUGGCAUUGAAUUCAAAAAUAGAUGACCAUAAAAAAUUAGUGUGCCUUUACCUUGUCAAAUCUCACAAACUAACAGUUCCUCCAGAUAUUCAAAAAGAGGCCCGAGUUUAUAAUUUUCCUGAAAAAUCAUCUCAAAUCUUCAAUUUUUUACUCGGGCAUACACGUUCUCGACCAAAAUACUUUGAUAAUAAUUCUAGAUUUAAAAAGCUAGUUUCAGAACUAGAAGAUGGUAACUUAAUUGAUGGAAAUAGAAAUCAGACAACCCCAGACGAAGUCCCAGAACUCAAAGGAAGACAAGAAACCAUUCCACUUAAAAAUAUAGACGAAGAAAUCUUGGAUUUAAAAAGGAAAGUUUUUUCUACAAAUCUCAGUAAUUCGAGUAAUAGUUCAGCAUCUAAUACAGAAGGCGUCCCUGUUAAUCCGGACUGCCCAAUACAUGGAGAAGUGUUGAAUAACAAGCAUCGACCACAUCCAAAACGUGGUAGACCUUACUUAAGAGACCACAAACAUCCACCCCGUGGUUUUGAUCUAGAAGAAAUAGAACCAUUGCAACCUUGCCACCAUCCACAGGAAUACAAUAAUGUCGUACAUCUUCCAGCUGGAGAUUUCUUUGAUUAUGACUUCACUCCUCAUUUUCCGGGAAAUCGUAUGCCGCAUCCUGUAAGAGAGCAUGUGUUUCAUGAUGAUUUUGAUUGUAUUUAUCAGGAAAACAGUGUACUUUAUGAGAGUGAUCUGGACUAUCAGCGUCGUGUUAAUGACAGGCAUGUCCACCAUAAUGCCCAUAAUGCAGGAUUUCAUCAACAUCUUGAGUGGAAUCGACCUCCUCAUCAUCCAAGUUACUGUCGCGAUAGUGAAAGGAAUACAAGAGACAGUGAACAUUCUUUUCCAAAUAUGAAUAAUGGUCGUGUCUUGCUAGGGGAAAAUUCUUUUGAUGAAAACUCACAGGAAAUGUCACUGACAAGCAAACAUCCGAAAUUCUAUUUAGAAGAAGAAGAAGCUAACGAUUCUUACAUUAGCUUUCACAGACGUAGAUCAAAUUCUGUUGACAGUUUAACUUCCAACAGCUCCAACAACUCAAAAUACAGCAAAAGAAGUGCGAGUAUUGAUAGCUUUGAACUGAAACAGUCAUUUCAAAAAUUUAUCUAAAGAACAGCAACGGCCGUCAAUUGAACGAUUCAAUUAAUCGAUAUGACCACUAUUCUUUAAAAGUUGUGCGUUGAAUGUACGGAAUCGUAAAAUAUGACCUACUUUUAUGUAUACUUGUUAAAAUUAACCUCUGCUAAAAUGCUUUUUGAUAUGAUACUAUAUUUAAUAACAAAUUUGUUUAUUUAUAAAUGUUAAUUUAAAUUUACCUGCCUUCAAUGUAACUGAUGUUUUAAAAAUUAAAUCUUAACUGAGAGUCA